AUGGCUGGCGAAGCGACUCUUAACGGCAACAACAUCAAUGGCGACCAUCCUGCUCAGGUCAAUGGAACAGCUGAACAUUCGAAGCCAAAGACUGGUAUCAAGAUUGUCAUCGUAGGGGCUGGAUUCGGAGGACUCUGUGCUGCUAUAGAAUGUCAUCGUCAAGGCCACAAUGUCGAAUUGUACGAGUCAUUCAAAGAGCUGAAAGUGCUUGGUGAUAUCAUCUCGUUCGGCGCGAACGCAGGCAGGAUCUUUCGGAGAUGGUUCAUCCCCGGAACUGCAGAAAGAAUCAGCGAUCGAUUAGAUCCAUUGUGCAUUAAGCUGCAGAAGUAUGGCUUCAAUAUCCACAAGUACGACGGUGAGCUGGUGAUGAACCAGAAGUCGCCGCCUCCCGACCCCGAAGCACCGGUGUUCAAUGGCCACAGAGGAGAGCUCCACAAGACUGUCUACAACUACGUCAAAGACGAUUUGAAGAUCCCGAUCCGUCUCGGUUGCCGGAUCACGAAGUACUUUGAGACAGAAUCAGACGCUGGCAUUCUCCUCGACACUGGAGAGAAGGUGACAGCAGAUGUAGUCAUUGGUGCAGAUGGAGUUCGAUCGAAGGCUCGAGAGCUCGUGCUUGGUUACGAGGACAAGCCAAAGUCAAGCGGAUAUGCCGUCUUCCGGGCUUGGUUUACGAACGUCGAUAUGAUCAAAGAUCCAGAAACGAAACGGUUCUGCGAGAAUGGCGAUACAUUCAAUGGCUGGAUUGGACCAGACGUGCACUUUUUGUUCUCGACCAUCAAGAAUGGCAGCGACUGCUGUUGGGUGCUGACUCACAAGGACGAUGCAGAUAUUGAGGAGUCGUGGUCGUUUCCGGGAAAGCUGGAGGAUGUCUACAAGGUGUUCGAAGGUUGGGAUCCACUGUGCAAGCGUAUUGUCUCCAAGACUCCCGAAGAUAAGCUUGUCGACUGGAAGCUGGUGUACCGAGACCCGCUACCACGGUGGGUGAGCGAUGGGGGAAGGACGUGCUUGUUGGGUGACUCAGCUCACCCAUUCCUUCCCACCUCAGCACAGGGAGCAACACAAGCGAUGGAGGAUGGCGUAACCAUUGCGAUCUGCCUAAGGGAAGCGGGCAAAGACACUGUGGCGGCUGCUUUGCGGGCAUUCCAGGAGAUUCGCUACGACCGGGUCAAGGAUGUGCAGAAGACUGGUGAGAGCACAAGGGACAUGUGGCACAAGGCAGAUUGGGAUGCGGUCAAGAAGGAUCCGACAAGCAUACAGAUGCCGCGGGAGGAUUGGAUUCAUGGCCACGAUGCGGAGGUACAUGCGGAGCAGGUGGUUGGGGAUGCUGUGAAGAAGUUCUCCUGA